CUAGGGGGUGCGCAGGGGGAGGGGGUGAGAGCAGUGGAUGUGCUGACAGUUCUGAGGGAAAAAGUGGCCUUUGUUUCAGGGGGGAGGGACAAGAGAGGCGGGCCCAUCCUCACCUUCCCAGCGCGGACCAAUCAUGACCGAGUGAAACAGGAGGAUCUAAGCAGACUGGUCACCUAUCUGUCCACCAUACCCAGUGAUGACGUGCGUGCCAGGGGCUUCACGGUGGUCGUAGACAUGCGUGGUUCUAAGUGGGAGAGCGUCAAGCCGUUGCUACGGACACUCCAGGAGGGGUUCUCCGCCCACAUUCACACGGCCCUCAUCAUCAAACCAGACACCUUCUGGCAGAAACACAAGACCAACCUGGGCAGCGCCAAACUCACAUUUGAGACCAGUCUAGUGUCGGUGGAGGGCCUGUCCAAGCUGGUGGACCCGUCCCAGCUGACCUCUGACCUGUGCGGUUCUCUGGAGUAUGACCAUGUGGAGUGGACAGAGCUACGGCUGGGCCUGGAAGAGUUCUCAGGGGCUGCUGGGCAACUGCUGGCCCAGCUAGAGCAGCUGGAGGCUGGGCUGACCCGCGUAGGCGAGGCCCAGGGCGUGGAUGAGGCCCGCAAGCUGCUAGAGGAGCAUGGCCGACUACGUACCACCGUUGCCACGGCUCCCAUCGAUGCCAUCGACCGUGAGGGGCGGAGCUUGCUCCAGCGCAUGCGGCUUGGCCCCGCCCACAGCGGUGAAGCCCCUAGCGACGUGCCCAGCAGUAACCAAGGUUACGGAAGCUGGUUGUCGGGCGGGGCUGAUUUCCAGAGUGUAGCUCCGAAGGUGGCUGCCCUGCUGGAGAGGCUGCAGACUGCCAGGACACACCUGCAGCAGAGCUGGACCGAACGGAAAGCACACCUAGACCAGACCUUACAGCUGCAUCUAUACGAACAGGACGCUGCCAAGAUGUCCGAGUGGAUAGCCCACAGUAAGGAUCUGUUCCUGCAGAGUCAGACAGAGGUUGGCCUCAACCACCAGCAUGCCCUGGAACUCCAGACCCAGCACCAGCACUUCACCAUCAACUCUAUGAACGGGAGUGUGAACGUGGACGGGGUGGUCUCCGUGGCGAUGCAGCUGUGUGAGGGGUGUCACUACGGAGCGGAGCGGAUCGCGUGUGUCUCGUCACGGCUACAGGAGGACUGGAAAGGGCUGACGUCAGUGCUGGAGGAACGCAGCAACACGCUGGUCAUGUCCACCGACUUCCACCAGGGGGCAGAACAGUUCCUGGGACGUGUGGAGGGCUGGUGUGAGGCGUGUGCUGACGACUCGUUGCCGGCUGAGAUGGCGGAGCUGGAGGCGUCCAUACAACAACACCAGACGCUCUAUGAAGAGAUAACAUCAGCCUACACACAGGUCAGUGAGAGUGGUAAAGCCCUAUUGGAAGUGCUUCAGCGUCCGGCGGAGCCUGACGAGUCUGGGUUACCAGCGGCAACCACUGACUUCACAGCCGCAACGCACGGCAUCAUGGGAGUUCUGCACGAGGUCAUGCAGGGUCACCAGCAUGUUGAAGGGGCGUGGAAACACCGCAAGCUCCGCCUACACCAGCGUCUGCAGCUGUGUGUGUUCCAGCAGGACGUACGGCAGGUUCUGGACUGGGUGGAGCAGCAUGGAGAGGUGUUUCUCAAUAAGCACACCGGUGUGGGGAAGAGCCUCCACCGAGCACGAGCACUGCAGAAACGCCACGACGACUUCCAACAGGUGGCCCAGAACACCUAUACCAAUGCUGAGAAGCUGCUGGAGGCGGCAGGCCAGCUGGCCCAGUCAGGGGAGUGUGAGGAGGGGGAGAUCUACUCUGCUGCUGGGGACCUGGAGCUCCGCAUGCAGGCCUUCAUACAGAGAGUAGAGCAGAGGAAGCUACUGCUGGACCUCGCUGUCUCCUUUUACACACACACCAAAGAGCUGUCAGUGUGGAUGGAGGGUCUCCAGAGGCAGAUGGCGGGGGAGGUGUGUGUGUGUCCUGACUCAGUGGAGGCUCUACAGGCUCUUAUCAGCCAGCAGCAGCAGCAACAAGCCAACACACAGGACGCCUCGCUCUCUGUCAUCAGGGAGGGAGAGGACCUCAUUCUACAGCUCAGGCCCCAGGGCAGUUCAGUGGGCCAUGUGGAGUCAGUGCUGCAGUCGUUGGAGGAGGCCCAGGUCCAGCUGGAGGAGCUGUUCCACCAGAGGAAGAUCAGGCUGGACGUCUAUCUGCAGCUACGCAUACUACAGCAGUGUUCUCUGGAGGUGUCAGGGGAGAUGGAGGCAUGGAAGCAGGACCUCCAGAAGCAGGCCCAGGACAUCACCACAGAGAAGCUAACGCUAGCACAACCGCGGCUAGUGGAAGCUAACCAAGAGAAGCUAGCAUUAGCGCAACCGCGGCUAGUGGAUGCUAAUCCAGAAGGGCUAACGUUAGCGCAGCAGCGCAUACACAGACACAUGGAGCGACGGCUAGCCAUGAACAACAUGACCUAUGAGGUCGUACAGCAGGGUCACGACCUUCAGCAAUACAUCACCGAAGUACUGUCCUCAGGUAUUCAGCUGACUGCUGAGGGGGAGACUGAUCUGUCCUCUCAGGUGGAGGGGCUCCAUCAGAUUCUACAGGACAAGCAGAAGGAGCUGCACCAGAUAGUCGAACACACACACACACACCUGGAGCAGGGCUUGCAGCUACGCCACCUACAGAGUCAGGUGAACCAGGUGCUGGGCUGGAUCAGUGAAGGAGAGGUGAUGUUGUCUUCCUGUAUGGUGAACUCCAGCUCUCUGUCCGAGGCUGAACAGCUACAGAGAGAACAUGAGCGCCUCCAACAGGCCAUAGAGUCUCUGCUUCAUGCUGACUCUCUCCAGAGGACCCACCAGGUGGCGCUGGCGCUGCAGCAGCGGGCAGAGCUGCUGGUGAGGGCGGGCCACUACGACCCAGAGGCAGUGAGGGCGUGUGCCCAGACGGUGGCGCUACACUGGCAGACCCUGAUGCUGCGGAUGGAGGACCGCCUCAAACUGGUCAACGCCUCCGCAGCCUUCUACCGGACCUCACAACAGGUAUGUGGUGUGUUGGAGAGCCUGGAACAGGAGUAUCGUAGGGACGAAGACUGGUGUGGUGGCGGAGAGAGGCAGGGGAGCAGGGGCCAGCCGGAGCACCUCAUUCCCCUCAUCAACAAACACAUGGAACAAAAAGAAGCCUUCCUCAAGGCAUGCACCCUGGCCAGACGCAACGCAGAGGUCUUCCUCAAGUACAUCCACCGCAACAGCGUUACUAUGGCAACCAUCUCCGGGCACAGUGCAGGCGCAGAGGUCACUGGUCACUCCCGUGUGCCUGAGCAGCAGGUCAAAGGUAUCCUCAGUGAGCUCCUGCAGAGGGAGAACAGGGUUCUACAUUUCUGGACUCUGAAGAAGCGUCGUCUGGACCAGUGUCAACAGUACCUGCUGUUCCAGAGCCACACCCAACAGGCGUUGGAUUGGCUGCAACAGAGUGGUGAGCACUACCUGUCCACUCACACAUCGCCAGGGGCAACAAGUGCAGAGACCCAGGACCUGCUGGCUCAACACAGGGAAUUCUGCAUCUCGGCUAAGCACACUCAGGAGAAGGUGCACCUGCUGAUUCAGCUGGCUGAGAGCAUGCUGGGUAAGGGCCACUCCCACAGGGUGGAGCUACGGAGGUGCGUGUCGAUGGUGGACAAGCGCUACCGAGAGUUCUCCAUGCGCAUGGGCCAGUACCGGAACACACUGGAGACUGCACUGGGAGGCUGCACUCAGGACAAUAAGGACCUGGAGCUGGAGCUCAUCCCCAACAGCCUAUCUGACUCUGACCCCGAAGUGAACCUGAACGACCCUAACCACGAGGUCAGCGACGAGAAGAGGAGGACGGCCAGGAAGAAAGAGUAUAUCAUGUCAGAGCUUCUCCAGACAGAGAGGGUGUAUGUGAAGGAUCUGCAGGAGUGUAUUGAUACCUACCUGUGGGAGAUGACCAGUGGCUCUGAAGAGAUCCCCACCAGGAUCGCCAACAAGGAUGACGUUGUCUUUGGGAACAUCCAGGACAUUUAUGAGUUCCAUAACAGUAUUUUCCUGAAGGAGCUGGAGAACUACGAACAGCUACCUGAGGAUGUGGGUCACUGCUUCGUCACCUGGGCAGAUAAGUUCCACAUGUAUGUGACGUAUUGUAGAAAUAAACCAGAUUCCAGCCUUCUGAUCCAGCAACAUGGGGCAGGCUUCUUUCAGGAGGUCCAGAGGAGACAUGGUCUUGCUAACUCCAUCUCCUCAGCGCUCAUCAAGCCGGUUCAGCGCAUCACCAAGUACCAGCUCCUUCUCAAGGAGUUGUUGGCGUGUUGUGAGGAGGGAAAAGGCGAGAUCAAGGAGGGUCUGGAUGUCAUGCUGAGUGUUCCAAAGCGAGCCAACGAUGCCAUGCAUGUUAGCAUGCUAGAGGGUCUGGAGGAGGGCUUGGAGGUGCAGGGAGAGCUGCUCCUGCAGGAUACCUUCCAGGUGUGGGAUCCUAAAUCCCUUAUCAGGAAAGGCCGGGAACGCCACCUGUUCCUGUUCGAGCUCUCGCUGGUCUUCAGUAAAGAGAUAAAGGACUCCUCCGGACGUAUCAAGUACCUCUACAAGAGCAGGCUGAGGACGUCAGAGUUGGGGGUGACAGAGCAUAUUGAGGGGGACCCCUGUAAGUUUGCUCUGUGGGUGGGCCGUACCCCCACCUCGGACAACAAGACCGUCCUCAAGGCCUCAUCUCUGGAGCUGAAGCAGGAGUGGGUACGUAGCGUGCGUCAGGUGAUCCAGGAGAGACGUGGCCAUCUGAGAGGAGCGCUGAGGGAGCCCAUCCCCCUCCCCAAGACCCCCGCCCCCACCCUGGUCCGCACGCGCAGCAUCAACAGGAGAGACACCAAUGAGGAUGCAGACAGCCUGGGAGAUGCCAGCAGCCAGCCGGACACCGUCUCCAUUGCCUCCCGCACCUCUCAGAACACAGCAGACAGCGACAAGCUGUCCGGUGGCUGUGAGUUGACCGUGGUCCUGUUGGACUUCUCGGCGGGCGGGGCUGAGGAGCUGAGUGUUCGUUGCGGUCAGACCGUGGAGCUAGUGGAGCGGUCCAGUGAGCGAUCGGGCUGGUGUCUGGUCAGGACCACAGACCACACCCCCCCACAGGAGGGCCUGGUACCCAUGACUGCCCUCUGCCUUUCCCACUCCCACAGCGCUGACAUGGACGGCUUGAUGCCUGCCACCACCGCUGGGAAAGAGCCCAGCCCUGUAGGUUCAGAGGUCAGAUCAGACUCUGUAGCAUCUCUCCAGUCCCAGACAUCCCUGGGCUCCGGUCCUGGCGGUGUGUCCGUCAGUUCCCCCGGCGGAGUGUCUAUUGGUUCUCCUGGUGUGAACGUGGGCUCCCCGGGGCCCAAGCGGAGUGGUUCUGGUACCGGGAACACAUUGAAGCGCUGGCUGACCAGCCCAGUGAGGAGACUGAGCCAGGGUAAAGCCGACAGCCAGGGGAAAAAACCUCCACUACGCACCAGGAGACGAGACAACCGGCCCGAGCUAGCCACGCCGCUCACCGCUAACACACACCUGAAGGGGAAGAGCCGUGAAGACUCUGUCCAGAGUGGAGGAGAGGAGGAGCUGGAGGAGGAUCCACACACGCCCCUCCCACCUCCCAUGGAGAUCAUUAAAGAUAGCAACAACCCUGAGGACUCAGAGGGCUCCAACCAGUCAGACACAGAGCAGAAGAACAAAGCCAUGAGAGGUCGCAUGUUUGUGGUUAAUGAAAUGGUGCAGACUGAGAAGGAUUAUGUGAAAGACCUUGGUGUCAUCGUGGAGGGGUUCAUGUCGAGGUUGGAGGUGAAAGGGAUUCCAGAGGACAUGAGGGGGAAGGACCUGAUAGUGUUUGGUAACAUCCAUCAGAUUUACGACUGGCACCAGGAGUUCUUCCUGGUUGAGUUGGAGAAAUGUUUGCAGGACCACGACCGACUGGCAGAGCUCUUCAUUAAACAUGAGAGGAGGCUGCACAUGUAUGUGGUCUACUGUCAGAAUAAGCCCAGGUCAGAGUUUGUCGUGGCGGAAUAUGAGACCUUCUUUGAGGAGGUGCAGAGAGAGAUCAGCUGUAGGAUGUCCAUCAGUGACUUUCUCAUCAAACCCAUCCAGAGAAUCACCAAGUACCAGCUACUGCUCAAGGAUUUUCUGAAGUACACUUCUAAAGCAGGGAUGCACUGUGAGGAGAUCGAGAGAGCGGUGGAUCUGAUGUCUCUGGUACCCAAACGCUGUAAUGACAUGAUGAACCUGGGACGCCUGCAGGGUUACGAGGGGAAGCUGACGAGCCAGGGCAAGCUGCUGCAGCAGGAGACCUUCUGUGUGUGGGAGCAGGACGGAGGAGUUCUUUCCCGCAGUAAAGACAGACGCGUCUUCCUCUUCGAGCAAAUCAUCAUCUUCAGUGAGCUGCUCCGUAAAGGGUCCUCCCCACCUGGCUAUCAGUACAAGAAGAGCAUCAAGGUGAGCUACCUGGCCAUGCAGGAGUGUGUGGAGGGGGACCCCUGUAAGUUUGUUCUGUCAUCUCGGGGGUCUGCAGAGCGUUUCACCCUGCAGGCAGCCAGCCCCUCUGUCAAACAGCUGUGGGUGUCACACAUCACUGAGCUACUGGACACACAGAGCAACUUCCUGUCUGCUCUGCAGUCUCCUAUAGAGUACCAGAGGAAGGAGGGUGGGGGAACAAACCUCCUCACCCGACCCCCCUCGGGCUUCGGCCCCAAAGCAUCGGGCCGACCUCCCUCUGUGCCCCCCACCCCUAACGGACACAACACACACACACAGGCAGACGGCGAGGCACAGGACAACGAGCUGGUGCUGGUGAUCCAGGACUUCAGUGCGGUGCGUGAGGAUGAGAUCACGGUACUUCGCGGGGAACGGGUCCAGAUUCUGGCAUCCAACCAACAUGGCCAGUGUCUGGUCUACCGACCGGCCAACACAGAGUCUCCGCCUGCAGAGGGCUGGGUGCCGCGCAGCGUCCUGUUCAACCACUAACUACCAGUUAGAACCAGUCAGAACCAGUUUAGAACCAGAUAUAAACAGUUACAUAACCAGUUACGGCCCAGUUACACUUCACUGAUGCCAGUAAGACCCAGUACCAAUCACACACAUCUGUCAACCUCUUAGUUACUGGUCCCAAAUAGUUACACAUAGUUUAAACUAGUUACAUCAGUUACAUACAGUCAGCUGCCCCAGUUAAACCAAUCACACACACGUAGCAAACAUCCUCAAAAACCGGUAGCAACCAUGAACACUAGUAACCAACUACUGGAUUUCCUCACACUGGUGAAAAGAGGCCAAAGAGCUGCAGGUCCAGACAGAGGGAUUUGAAGUGAAUGGACACACAGUAUGCCUAUGGAACAUCCCAACUGAUGAGGCCACUAAGGGCCGCUGCCAACUGAUGAGGUCACUAAUGGCUGCAGCCUAUGGAACAUCGCAACUGAUGAGGU